AUUUGCGUUUCACCAUGACCGCACUUAUCAUCGCCGCGAGCAACUACGAGCUGCAGACUCCAGUUCCUCAGAUUCACAGUGUGGAGAGCAGCUGAUCAGACCGUUACUUUUCACUGGACAUUAUUUUUAUUCUCGAACACCUACCCCUGUCAUUUGUCCAUGUUCGAAGUGCUAGACUUCAGAAACUACUUGAACUGUUAGUUUUUGUAACUUUUUCUGUAGCACUGAAACCUUGACGGGCUUCGUUUUGUUUUUAGAUACUUCUUCCAUAGUGUUGUUCCUCUCAAGGAUGCGCCGAAGGAUGGCCCAUUUUCCGAAUCAGAAGAGGAGCCUUUUGAAUGUGCUCUGCGUCUAUUUGUCUGUUUCUGUAGUUCACUCCUACAACAUUGACUUAGAACAUCCUAUUGUGUUCCGUGGACCUGACUCGAGUUUCUUUGGAUAUUCUGUUCUGGAGCACUAUCAUGACAAUACGCGCUGGGUGCUGGUAGGGGCCCCCAAGGCCAACUCUUCCCACAGCAGCUCUGUUCACACCCCUGGAGCCGUGUUCAAGUGCCGUGUCCACAGCAACCCAGAGAGACGCUGCACUGAGAUGGACCUAGGCAGAGGGAACAAGCCCAGGGAGUCUUGUGGGAAGACGUGCCAGGGAGACAGGGAUGAUGAGUGGAUGGGGGUCAGCCUCGCCCGGCAGGACAAAUCCAAUGGAAAAAUACUGGCCUGUGCCCACCGUUGGAAGAACGUCUACUAUGACUCUGAGCUCAUCCUUCCCCAUGGUUACUGUUCCAUCAUCCCUCCUACGCUACAGGGCCGGACCCAAGCCCUCAUCCCCUGCUAUGAAGACUAUAAGCAGAAGUAUGGGGAAGAGCACGGCUCGUGCCAAGCGGGGAUAGCAGGCGUUUUUACUGAGGAGCUGGUGGUGAUGGGAGCUCCAGGAUCAUACUACUGGACAGGAACAGUCAAGGUCUACAACCUGACCUCCAGCACCUUCUACAACCCCAACAAAGAAGAAGUCGACUCACACAGAUACAGCUAUCUAGGCUAUGCUGUGACUGCUGGACAUUUCUCCUCUCCUAACUUCAUAGAUGUGGCUGCAGGAGCUCCACAACACAGUGGAGGAGGAAAAGUUUACAUUUUCAGAAUAGAUGGUGGGUCUUUGGUGAAGAUCUUUCAAGCCUCAGGGAAAAUGAUGGGCUCUUACUUUGGCUCCUCAUUGUGUGCAGUUGACCUGAACCGGGACGGCCUGUCGGACCUGCUGGUUGGAGCGCCCAUGCACAGCACGCUACGGGACGAGGGACAGGUCUCUGUCUACCUCAGCAAGGGCAAUGGGGUGAUGGAGCAGGCUGAACUCUUAAAUGGAGAUGAUGCCUACAAUGCACACUUCGGAGAGUGCAUCACUGCAAUCGGAGACAUCGAUGACGAUGGGUACCAAGAUGUGGCCAUAGGAGCACCCAAAGAGGAUGACUACGGUGGAGCAGUCUACAUUUACCAUGGCGAUGCCACAGGAAUCGUCAACAAAUAUUCUAUGAGGCUGUCUGGACGAAGUGUAAACCCCGCCCUCCAGAUGUUCGGCCAAUCAAUAUCUGGCAAUGUGGACAUGGACGGCAAUGGAUAUCUAGAUAUUACCAUUGGUGCUUUUAUGGCUGAUAGUGUGGUGUUAUUGAGGUCCCGACCGGUGAUCACUGUGGACGUGUCCAUCUACCUGCCUGUCUCCAUCAACAUCUCUGUUCCUCAGUGUCACGAGGGACCACAGCACCUCAACUGUUUCAACGCUACAGUCUGCCUGAUCUUCAGAGGAAAACACCUGCCGGGACAGAUAGAGUUGCUGUAUAACCUGACAGCUGAUGUGGAUAAGAGACAGAGGAGCCAGCCUUCUAGAGUGUACUUGGUUCAGAACGGAGCCCAGAUGAGCUCUGUGAGCAACGAGCUCAGUCUGGACAUCAACACAGUGGAGUGCCAACAGUACACUGCAUACGUUAAGAAGGACGUGAAAGACGUGUUCACAGCCAUCACCUUUGAAGUGGCCUACACCCUGGGGAAGCAUGUGGUGGAUGGACAUCUUGACAAUGACCUGCCUGCUCUCACACCUGUACUACGCUGGAAGAAAGGAGACAAGAUAGCAGCAAAGAAUGAGACAUGGUUUGAGAAGAACUGCCUGUCUGAUGACUGUGCUGCUGACCUGAGACUCCAUGGGAAACUGCUGCUUUCUGGGCUCCACGUCCAUCCCCACCUUGCUCUAGGAGGAGUGAGGACCGUCUCUCUGAACGUGACCAUCUCCAACGCAGGGGACGAUGCCUACGACACCAAUAUCUACUUCAACUUCUCCAGAGAGGUCUUCUAUAUCAACUACUGGCAGAGGGAAGAGAAGGGUAUUUCCUGUGGUCUUGUUGAUUUAGACUUCCUCAAAUGCAGCGUGGGAUUUCCCUUCAUGAGAGCACAGACUAAGUAUCAUCUUGCAGUGAUCUUCGACACAAGCCGGCUUUCAGGGGGAAAUGAAACAUUGCAGUUUGUAGUUCAUGCAAAAAGUGCCAACCCUGAACAUAAACUGUUGGACAAUACGUUGGAACUAUCUAUCCCACUGGUCCAUGAGGUGGACACAACUAUCACUGGUGUGGUGAACCCGACGUCCUUUGAGUAUGGGAACUCCAUCGAUGCCUCUCGCUUCGUCCAGCUGGAGGACAUGGAGUGUAACUUCCAGCCACUCAACUUCACCUUUCAGGUGAUCAACAACGGCCCCAGCAGGCUCCCUGGCUCCAUGGUGGACAUCAGGAUCCCCAACCGGCUGGCUGGAAAUGGGGCUGACAUGUUCCUCAUCAUGGACUCACAGGUGGCGGAGGGGCGAGGGAACUGCACCCCCCACAGGAACCCCCAGCCCUGUACCAUCCCGCAGGACAGAGAGAAUAUCUUCCACACCAUCUUCGCCUUCUUCACCAAGUCUGGCCGCAGGGUCCUGGAUUGUGACCGGCCAGGGAGAGCAUGUUUAACCAUCUCAUGUGCGCUGGGCUCCCAGACCAAAGAGGAUGCUAUCAGUAUAGAUGUGAAACUUCUACUAAACACAGAGAUACUGAAUCGGGACAGCUCGUCGUUGAUCCAGUUCGUGACGAGGGGUAACGUGAGAGUGGACGGGAGGGCCAUGGAGGUACCAGAGGGCCUAUCAGAAGACACUUCACUGGUGUUCGAGGCGCUCCACAGCCAGGAGCCAAGGGGCUAUGUUGUUGGUUGGAUCAUUGCCAUCAGCCUACUGGUGGGAAUACUCAUCUUCCUACUGCUGGCUGUGCUGCUCUGGAAGAUGGGUUUCUUCCGCCGGCGCUACCGGGAAAUCAUUGAGGCCGAGAAAAACAGGAAGGACAGUGACGAGAGCUGGGAUUGGGUGGAAAAGAACCACUGAGAGACAGAGAAGCCAAUGAGAGCGCAGGAAUUGGGGAUUGGGUCAAUGGAGGAUCCAAUGAGCUGGGGGCUUUCACCACAGCCAGCCAAUCAGGACUAAGGGCCCUUCAAUCUUCCAUAUGUGGAAGAGAAAAAAAUAUUCUCCGGAUUUUUCGGAGGGAGACUUGACAUUUUGGUGGGUGGGGGACUGGGGAUUGAGGAAACGAACGAACAGACAUCUGAGGUGAUGGUUGGUGUGGCUUGCUAGGGUCGUAUUCAUUAGGACCCUAAUUCAGUGCAACAGAAAAUGGAAAUUAGCGUUUCUUAUUUGACAAGCCCAAUGAGUCUUUUCCUGUUUGUUUUCUUCCGUUUGGUGCCAAAUGAAAACAACACUCGCAAUAGAAUUGAAUUAGUCACUAUGGAGCUUAUGGAGGUAACUUCCUGACAGUCAAAUCUAUGGAGGUAACUCCCUGCCAACAGAAAAGAACUGUUAAAGAAAGAAGGGGCCUCUUCAGAAGGCUGUAACAUAGAUAGAAAUGUAUCGUGCAGAACAGAAAUGAUUGUCAUAUAUCCGAAUAGGGAAUUGCAUCAGCUCUAUUCAUUCUAUUUCUAUCUGCAACGUUCAGAGUGUUUCACGUCCCUGAAUUCACCCAAGGAGAUUGAUGUCCUGUGACAGGAAGUGGAAAUGACACGGAAAUGACAGAUAUUAUCAGACAAGACCAUGAAAACCCUCAGGGCUCUGUUUUAAUAGUAGCAAAAAUUUAUUUUUAUACAUAUUAAAGCCAUAUUGUAUUAAAUUGGGGCUUCGAGAAAGGGUUGGUUGGGGUUUUUGAAGUCUAAUGUAAGCAUAUCUAUAUGUUUUUCUUUAAAGCACUGAUGUCCGAGUUGAUAAGAAGAGUUGAUGCUAUGUUUCCAAAGUUUAUCCUUUCGUUUUGAGGCCAAAGAAAAUCUAUAGUAUAGUAUGAGUAUAGUAUAUAAUUCUGUACUGUUUCCUGCUCACUAAUAUCUCUUGAAUAUCUCACACAUAUCCUUUUCCCUUAGAUAGCUAUAUGGGCAACCAGCCAAAGUAAGUCCUAUGAAAGCCCAUAGAAAUAUAACUAUUAGAGUGGACAUUCCCAUUUAAGUCAACAUUCUAUUUAUAUGUGUAGACCUUCCAUUCACCAUAAACAGAGCUAUAUUUUUGGCACACAUCAAAGUUGUCAUUGUCAUGAAGAAAUGCUGAUAACCAAGCAAGAGUUCAAAUAAGUUUUUAAUUGAUUGUAUAUGUAAUGCUUUUCCAGACCGUCAAAGCGCUUUAUUUAGUAAAGAGGAAACUCACCUCAUCAACUACCAAGUAACCCAUGGUCCAGAUGCAGACAUCACCAACACCACUGUAGCUAGAGCAUUUUAUUUACAGUUAGGGCUCUAUUCAGUCUGUAUGACUGAAGAGUUACAGAUUGCGCGCUAGAAAUGUAAAGCCGAGAUGCGUGUUUACAGUGAAUGCCGUGUUUACCGUGAAUGCCGUGUUUACCGUGAAUGCCGUGUUUACCGUGAAUGCCGUGUUUACCGUGAAUGCCGUGUUUACUGUGAAUGCCGUCUCCGCUAAACGAGGAAACAUUGCCUUUACAUUUCAAUCACGCUGUAACGCGGAACUUCCGUGAUACAGAUUGAAUAGAGCCCUUAAUUUGCCACAUUUCACAAAGUGUGGUCUUUUCAGACUGAAAGUUUAAAAUGUCAGUAAGGCAGAAGAGACAGUGGAUAGAGGAGUGAAUAGAUGGCAUAAACAGA